AAUACUCCUACAAAGCCAGUUAAAGGAGGAAAAGCCAAAGAGGAGAGCGUUGAUGACCUUUGUAGAUUGUGUGGUGUCAAUUUCAAGGUAAAAUUUGGUAACUUUCAGAAGAGUACAAGAUAUCUUUCCACGGAGAAUUUGUUUAAACCUUCUGGCCGCGCGAAGCGAGACGGCAAAACAUUAGCAGAAAUUUGCUCCGAAAUUGGCCUGAACAUUGUGGAGUCUAGUCUUGUAUCGAGUAGAGUUUGUCAAUCUUGUGGCAGGAAAAUAUUCAACGCUGCAGAACUUUUCCACUUCAUUCGCUCCGGCUUAGAAAAAGAUGUGGAGGCGGUGCCGCUCAGUUCUACGCCGCACAAAAGAGAUUCACAAGCAAGGAUUAAACGCCUUCUGCCUUCAUCCGUAUCCUCGCCGGACAGAAGUCCUCAACCGAAAAAGGGUAUAAACCGUGGAAGUUCUCCCUCUAAGAAAUCGCUAAAUUUCUCAGGAUCGACUCCUCUGAGUACAUCAAACGAAGAAAAUAUGCCUUUGGAUGUCAGCCAGGAAAUUAUCACACCGCGCGAUCGACACUUCUCUUCAGAAAUGAACAUAGAAAAUUUGUGUGGUAAACAGACCACUCAAAUUAAAGUCUUGAUAGCAAAUCCUAAUGGUCGCAUUGACUCCCACUGUUCUUUUGACGACGAAAUUAAAUCCAUUAUUUUAAAUGCUUGUCGAAAGAACUGGAGCACCGUUGCAAAUAUGAUCAUGAAACAUUCGCACGUCCGACAAGAACUCGAGGAACCUUUACGAAAGGCAGUGGCCGGCGAGUUUAAAGAGUAUUGCCAAGACACCACUGAUUCAAUGUUAAAGAAGUCAAGCCCGGAAGAUCUGUCUGCUUUCUCAAACAGAUUUCUUGCACACGAAGUGGGAACGUGGUGCCCCUUGUGGAUGGCUUGUUUGAAAGGUGCGUGUAAUGUUAAGGAUUUGGCAGAGGAAAACGGCAAGGUAAUUAAUUCUGUCGCCUUGUCGAGUGCAGUUGCAGCAAAGUGUAGAAAUCCCAAAAUGUCUGCAGCAGCCUAUCGCAUUUCAACAAUUCUUUUCCACAGUGGUAUAAAGCACGAAGAUCUGCGGCUUUUAAACAACUUAGGCGUUUGUAUGUCACCGGACUCGAUCGUUGAGCUUCAAAAAAAAAUGGGCAAGAACUGUGAAUCAAAACUACUCCACUGGAAAAAUGAAAUUGAAAAGGUGAAGGGAGCGAGAUUGUUGCUAAACGAAGUGAAAGAAAAGCAAGUGGGAGUUCACGAUGAUGAAGAAAUGCGUAUUGACAUCGACUUUAGCGAAGAGACUCUGAAGUCAUACAAGUUUUAUGGGCCAAACAUCUUUACAUACUGCCAAGAUUUGUUUGUAUUUAGUGGCAAGAAUGUAAGGGCCUUGACCGACGAAGAUGUUGCCGCAGCUUCGAAUGAACUUGCUAACGUGAAGUUGCCUUAUUACAGGUAAAAUAUUCUGUUGUUGUGAUAAAAAUGAAAAAAGAGUUGUCUUAAUACGACCUCAUUUCUGAAACCUAAAAAUGCUCAGUGUUGUUUAAAGCUGCAGAAAAUUUGGGCUAUUAUGAACCAAUCACAUUCCAGCAAUGUAGUUUCUGGUAAAAAGUAAUAUUUAAGUUUUCUGUUCAUCACAGUUUGAGUUUGUAUUGCAUCCCUGUAAAAUAUGCUUGAAUUUAAGGUUGGUUGACAAAUAGCCAAGUUUACAGGAGUUUUAAAUUAAUUAAGGGGCCAGUUUAAGAAUAUUUGUAAGUAUUAAAGCACUGAUAAUUCCUCAAUAUUUGGUUCAAUUUAAGGGUAGUUGGUGACAACAUCGACCUUAUGGUUCAUGCCAGGAUCCAGAGUGAACAUCAUGAAAAUCGAUCAAUCCACUGGACUCAGCAAUAUGCCGUGUUAAACCGUGUCCAGGAUUCAUCCUUAGGCCUCAAUCGGCCAAGAAAGCCCCUCAAGGAAGUGCAGUUUAUUGACCUCCUCCCAAACCAAUCUGUCCAGCAACAGUUGAAAGAGAGGUGGGCUGUCCUGGUUGCUAGAACAGUGUGCCGGUAUCUCACAAAAUUUCAGAGUCAGCGUGAUGUUGUGAUUUGGCACAUACCUCAUACUUACUCCAAGGAAAUGGCCUCUAAAUCACAGACUGUAAGUAUUGAAAGCUCAUGUGCAGUUGUGUUAAUGUUUUAAACAAGAUUGUGCCACCUGGCCGGCACCUAAAGAGAAAUAAGCUAUUUUUACAUGCAUUUGAAAUUUGCACAAGUAGGACAUGGACCAUGUCAAACACUUCCUUACCACAGAGAAAUAAUGUUGAUUCUGGAUGGUCUGUUACAAUUAUUGUAAGAAAACAGGUGGCAAGGAGCAUUUGCUGUCUUGUAAGCCAGUAUCAGGAGAUAGUCACUUUGACUUUUAUCACAAAAGGUUUUGCAUCAUCUCAGGCACCCAUUACCAAGGUAAUAAAAAUAUUUCACUCAUUCGCAGCGCUCACUCACAAUUAUUUUUCAACACAUAGUUGAAGAGAAAUUUCAUAUCUCCACAUGGCCAUGUGGUAGCUCUAUUAUUUGACCAUAACUUCUUUAUUCCUAUUUUAAGUGUUCUCUAGGAGUGGAGUUCUUUAAUCCAAACAUUGGAAGUGAGAUGUCCCAGUUAAUGAUUUCAAACCAGAAAAAGUAUGUUCCAACCCUGAAAACAGGUGCUGAAAAUAUUAUUCUAAAGUCAAUACCAUUUCAUGGUGAUCAGCUCUUUGAAGAACGGGCCAGAAACAUCCAGUGGGCAUACCAGGAUGGCGAUAAUGCCUAUGACAGACUUGAAGGGCUUGAGACUGAAUUUGCAGACUGGCAUGCAAAGCUUAAUUUGUACAUGGUAUGUUCCAAUUUCAUCUUAGAGCUCUGAGUUAAAAUUUUUUUUGGUAAUCGACAGUUACGCCUAAGUAAAGAUUACUUUCAGUGUUAUUGGAAGGUUGAUGGCGGGGAAUUCAGACUGAAAAAAAUUUUACCAUGCCAUGCAUUUUAGGCAAUUGCAUCGUCUAGUACUUUCUGUUUCAUAACACCAUCCCCUCUAGAGGACUAUUUUACAAACUUGUAUUAAUGCUGAUAUGAACUACAUAUCUACAACAUAUCUAUUAAUGUGUAUGUUGCAGUUAAUUUUUGUUUUGUCUUUGUUUUGGGGGGUAUGGUAGCAUAUUGAAAUGAAUUUGAAACAAAGGAAAAACAAAAGUUAACUGAAGUAAAAAUUACCUGCAAAUAUACAUUGAUAUGACUUAACUUGAUUGCUUAUACUGAAUAUUUAUGGACCCCAUAGGUUGAAUUUGACACAUUUAUGAGCCACUCCUCUGCUGCAGAGGUUGGAACAACGAGGGCUAGUAUAAACCGCACAUCAAAAACGAAUGCUGCUAAGGGAGUUAGCAACCAUUAUAAUGAGUACAAGGAAUUUCACCAGCGCGAGGUUGAGGCCCACAUAUGUGCCUCAUUUAUGGAGAUGUCAGGAAUGGAAAAAAUUGAUGGUAAACGCAUUGUGCAAUAUUGAACACUAUUUUACUCAACAUUAAAGUAAGGGUUUACAACAGGGGGUUUCAAAACAUUUAUAUAAAAGUAAUGUCCACUAAAUGCACAAGGGAAAUUAUUUAAUUUAGUAAAAUCCAACUAGUGGUCUAUUAUCAAUGCUGCAUUCUGAUUGGCUGAGCUACUACUAGCGUAAGUUGUUUUGUCUUGAUAUUUUUGACUAACUAGUGGGAUUUUACUAAAACAGUUAUUCCUCAUGCCCCCUGAGUCAAUAGCCCAUUCUGCCUUCAGCGUCAUGGGCUAUUGACUCAGAGCCCAGUCUGGCUAAAUAAAUACACCUAUUUCAAUUAAGGUUGCUCUCGUGAACCAUGUUUCAUAGCCUGCAGUGCACUAUGGUAAACCCUUUUGUAGCAGGAAGGUUAGUCUUGUUCAAGUUCAUUGAAAUAAUGGAGACCAUUUGUGAAAAGACGUUCAAGAGAGCUUUUAAGUCAAAUAGCUGCUAAAAUUCUUAAGCAUGAUCGAGCUGAAAAAUAGUAAAAAAUUAGAAGCCUCUUCUUUUAACAACGUUAAAUGAGGAGGGUUUUACCGCCUGAUUCAGAUGCGUUUUUGCAUGGGCCAAAAUGCUGGUUAUUUCAAUAAAGCAGAUCAACGCUAUUCUUUUUUUAAAUUCAGAUUUAAAAAAAGAAUGCCUCAAAAGUAGAUAAACACGUAAUGUUAAGUUAUUUAUUGUUGUACAACAAACGCCUUGAAUUUGAUUUUUUUUUAAUCUCCAUCCAAAAUUCCCACGGGCAAGGCCAAGCCAACUCGUUGAAAAUUUGCAGCAUUUCCAUAUUACCACAGAGAAAAACCUAACCUCAAAUCACUGUCUUAAAUUAAAAAACCUAGAAUUCAUUGUUUUAAAAUACAUUGUCUUAACGUUCUGCUGACAUAGCAUAGAAGCGUCAGCAGCGUUUGCUUUCUAGGUUUCUAGGCUCGUUGCGGGCACAUAGUAUACUAGACUUGUUACGAUAAUGCACUGCGGGCUAUGAAACACGGAUCAUGUAUCAUUCUUCUCUGAAGCAACUUUAAUUGAAAUAGGUGUAUACCCAUUCUAGCAGACAAACCCAUGCCACCAUCAUGAUCAUGUCAAGUAGAAUAUGGAAAUGAAAAUAAAUAAAAUGAUCAUGACAUUUUUUCAUGUUGCCCGCAGAUGAGCCUGAUUAUGACAUACCCUCAAAGGAUUAUGUAAGCCAGGAGACUCGCAGGAAGUGGGUACAUGAGAUGUGUCUCAAACAUGUGGAAAAAUAUAUCAUGGCAAGUGAAGUUGAGCCUUUGAUUGAACAGAUGCAAGAGUUGCAGUCUGCACUUUCUGCUGAUGGAUUCCAUUGUCGUGUGGAUGGGUGUGAUAGAAGCUAUAUUCAUCACUCUGCUAGAGUCAAGUAUGUGCAAUACAUUUUCAAACAGCCAAUAAAUUAGUUGAAGUGGAUAAUACUUUGUGUACAAACACAGUGCACAUUAAUAUCAUUCUUCACCAUGACCCUAAUUUGGUUUUGUUGUGUUUUAUAAUUCAGAAAACAGGGUGUUUGCCAUCACAUAGUGUGCAAAAAAUGAUUCUCUCCAUUUAUAUUAUUUUUAUUGUUAGUAAGGUUAAGUGUUCAAUUUUGUUUAAUAACAAAUAUUAUUUUCCAAUUCUAAGGCACGAGGUUUCUCAACAUGGACUGGUCAAGGAUGUAUAUCAGGCUGGAAGGGAAAGAGACAUGCUUGGGUACUUCCACUGCAGAGCUUCCUGUGGGCUUGUGUUUUCAACUAAGGCUAUCAGGAACAAGUAAGGACUAACUUUCUGCCCAGUGGCAUGUCACAGUAAUUUUCAAGGUCACCAAAAUAUUUGAGACCAAAUCUGUGGGGAGUGGAUAGUUUGCAGUUCUGAAAGGACUCGAGGUUUUCUGAUGUAGUUUUCUGUGUCGUGUAUGUUACAGAAUAUUGCCUUAACAGCUGAGACAGUCGUCCAUAACAGUAGUACCAUUUUAUUGCACCAACUCUCAUUAUGGGUUACAAAACAAUGAAUAAAACUAUUUAAGAUUCUGCACAACAAUGAUAUGAACUUGAAAUACAAGUCCUAAAUUUAAAUGUCAAUGAACUCAGUCAGUUUUGCAGUGAUUUGAUAACCCCAAUGAAUGCAUUGAUGCAGAUGAUGCUGAAUUGAUGUUGUGAGUUCCCAAAUUUCAAAGGGUUGAAAUUUUCUGGGAAAAUGAUUCUGCUGAUUAAGGAUUUUUUCAUUCUGAUCUCUAGUUUUAAUGUAACUUGUGCAUUUUAACUUAUUUUUGCUUGUAGUCAUGAAAAAACUAUCCAUCCAAACUUCUCAGUGGAAAUUAAUGAAGAAACAGAAGAAGAGGAAAAGUAAGAGAGUGUGGGAGAAGAUUAUCUCUUCAAUUAUCAUCAGUCUAAACUAGCAUUUGGCCUAAUUCUGUUUGAAAUGGAUGAUGCCAUCAAAGAAGGAGACGGUAGACGGCUCCAUGACCUCUAUAAGUUUGCACUACUGAUAUAUAAGGCAUACGGGAAGACAAAGUAUGCAUAUGCUGUUCUUCUAUACCUUGUAAAAAUUGAGGCAAUUUUAUCUGAGGAAGAUGCUCACAGUCUGUUAUGGAACCGCACAUUCAACAAGUACGGUGUGCCUGGGAGAAACAUUCCACUAGACUUGAGAAUGGAACAACUCAACAAGGAUGUGAAAUGCAUGUGGAGAGCUCUUCAGGCCAAUAUCAAUGAAGGUUCUGCUGAAAGAGUUGCGAACACAGUAGAACCCAUGGAAGGCAUCAGAGAUUCUAUAAAGAAGGAUUGUGGGCUGUUGGAAACUCCAGGAUACAGGUCAUCUGGGAAACCAGAAUCAGCAGUUCUUCAAAUCACUGAAGAUCUUGUGAAAAUUGCAGCUUUUAAACAUGAAAGUGGCAGACAAGGACACCCCUCAUUCCCAGAUUUUCCAUCCAAUUUGCUGAGAAAGAUAGACUAUCGUGACCUGCAUACUUGGAUGAAGGGACUUAUUAAAACUUGGGAACCAAUUUAUGAGUUUAACAGGGUUGAUUGA